CGAGAGGCAAGCCGCCAGUGGCCAAGCAGUGGCCAGUACAGGCCGGGCCCCGGGCCUCAGAGUGUUUGACGGCGGCCUCGGCGAGGCGAGCCAAAGGCAAGCCAGCCAAAGGCAAGCCAGCCAAAGCAUGGCGGCCUUCGUUUACGUUCGUGCGGUCGCCCUCUUCCUGGCCGUCGCCGUCGCAAGUUGCGGCGUGGCGGCGACCCCCGUCCUGAGCGAGGGCGUCCAGGGUGUCCAGGGCGUCCAGGACGCAGCGCCCGUGCCGGAGCCCGCACAGUCACUGGACGAUGCGGUGGCGGCUGGCGCCGAGGACGCCGCGGAGGCGGCCAAGGCCCAGAAGCUGAUGGAGCAGGUGCGCUCCGUGCUGGAGCACUUCAAGCAGUCCGACCCCACGGGCUUCCCCGGCGCCGAGGUGCCGGACCCCAUGGACGUGCCGCCCAUGAACACGUCGUUCGCCAUCGCCACCAUGAACUUCGAGAACGUGACAGUGCACGGCCUCAGUCGCUUCCGCUUCCACGAGGCCCGCGUCAACUUCACCGCCAUGAAGGCUGAGGUGGCGGCACGCAUCGACGCCGUGCUCAUCCUGGGCAACUACACGCUGUGCACGUGGUUCAGCUGCUCGGCGGGCGGCUUCACCGUCACCCUGGACGGCGUCCUGGUGAGCGGCGUCGCCGGCCUGGAGGUCGGGCCCGGCGGCCGCCUCAGGGCCGAGGAGAUCGGCAUGGACGUCACCUUCGACGGCAUCGCCAUGGACUUCAAGAACCUCGGCCUCAUGAUGUCCAUGUUCCAGGGCAUCAUCAACAAGGUGGGCUCGUUCCUGUUCGACAACGUCAAGCCCUUCAUCCUGUCCGAGGUCAACACCAAGAUCCGCGCCGAGGUGGACAAGCAGGUGGCCGGCGUGGACGUGCGCUUCCCCAGCUCCAUGGCGCCCAUCGACAUGAUGGUGGCGGACGCGCGGCACGCCGUCAGGACCAUGGGCUACGACCCGUACCGCCUGCCCGACGUCACCAAGAAGAUGGGCCCGCUGCAGGCGACGCUGAGCCACCUGUUCGCGACGGGGCUGUCCUCGUUCUACCGGCGCGGCAACGUGACGGUGUGGAUGAAGGAGCACGUGCUGCACGCCGGCAUCCACCUGGCCACCAAGCGCCUGCGCGGCACCUGCAGGUGGCUCGUGCACUCGCCCGACGCGCCCAGCGUGCUGCAGCGACUCAUGCGGCGCAGCGGCGACGCGUCCUUCACGGUGGACUACCUGGAGGUGAAGGCGGUGUUCAACCAGAGCCUGGACACGCGCAAGCACCCCUACCUGGAGUCGCUGGACGUGACGCUGGGCCCGAUGACGCUCGUGUCGCGGGGCGACGCGGGCAAGCUCAACGCCCUCACCGAGUUCGGCGUCAACGUGCUGCCCAACCUGAUCCGCUACCAGGUGGUGGACGCCCUGGAGGAGCCCCUCCGGCAGCGCGUGCAGAAGGAGCUGGACAACGUCAACGUGGAGGACCUCAUCAACGAGAAGCUGCAGGAGGCGCUCAAGGCGGCGCCGGCCUCCACGACGGCGACCUCGGUGACGACGCCGGAGCCCGUGGAGACAACCGCGUCGUGACCAACCUCACGGCGGCGAGGCCGUCAGCGGGAAAGACGAAGCCACGUUCGGAGUUCGCCAACGUGCCAUGAAGUACCUUGCUUGCAAGAAUGACCUGCAUACUCCGAGCGUUCGCCCUCGAGACUAUGGCGAUCGGCGACUGCGCGAGGCUAGAGCCCUUUUGCCUACCUCGGCAGCAGCUCCGGAACAGUCAUUUUCUACUACUACACUACUACCACGACUGCGAAACGAACCGCCAGAGAUCUCACAGCAGCCAGCAGCCGCUUUAGCUCAAUUAUGUUUCCAAGUCUUCGGCAUUUCUUCACCUGCCGACUGAACCAAAAUACAAAAUAAAUCCCCUAAAACUCGCUUACUGAA